CAUUCCCCAAAUGCCAUAUAUUUACUCGAGGACUUAAACUGAGCACCACCUGUCAUCAUAAACAGCUGAAGCUUGGCUGAUGCCAUGAAGUCAGUGUAGAUGGGAAAAUUCUCACAGGGAUCAUGGAUAUGGAUACCUCUGUGGUAACCAAGUUUCUGUGAUGGAUCUGGAGGAAAGAUUUGACACCCUGCAACAGAACCGGUCUGCGACAAACCUGCAACGUUCAGCUGCUCACACCGGAGCAGACACCUGUCCCACAGGCUGAUACGAGUCUGAACGUUUACCCAGAAUGCACUUUGUAAUGUUACUCCAGUAAAUUAUCAGAAACAGAUCAAACAUCAGGUACUCGUCUCUGCUCGUCUGUGUCACUGAGAUUUUAUGCUUACACACUUCAGGGUCAUGGAGGGGUGAAGCCUAUUCCAGUUGUCAUAGGCUGAAAGGUGGAGUACACCUGGACAGGUGGCCAAUCUGACACAGUGAGAUAAACCAACAUUCAUGGCAAUGGGAGGUUUAUUAUCACCUGUUAACCUGAUGAGGAUGUGUUUUGACUGAAGGAGGAACCUGGAGAACCUGAAGAACCUUCAAAGGGACAGGAGAACACGCCUGUUACAGCAUCCCUGUGAGGAUGAUGAUAAUGAAGGUUUCUGACUUGGUGAGGCGAGGAGGUUCCAGCAUGUUCAGCAUAAACACAAAAGCUGAUUCGUUAAAAUGCUAGCAUUAAACACACACAGUCUGUGUGUGUGUGUGCGUGUGUGUGUCACCGUGGGAACACUUCUGCAGGAAUUCAGCACAUCAGUUACCAUAGAAACUGUUUCCAUAAUAGCACCACUCUGUGUGUGUGUGUGUGUGUGUGUGUGUGCGCGAGCGCUGCAGUAUUUUAUUUUUGUCUUCAGGUAAUAAAAAAAUAAAAGAUGAUAAUAAUAAUGAAGAGGAUGAUGACGAUGAAGAGUCUCUGACCUGCUUUCUUACAGUUACAAACAUCCCAUAAUAAUCGCUGGUCUGCGCUGAAAUCUUUUUUUAACAGCAAAACUCUCCCUCGUGCGAACAGGAAGUGUACCGUUGCCAUGGAAACGCCGUGGCCGUCUAACAGGUGAUUUCUAUUAAAAUGAAGCAGCGGAACUAAAAGCAGAGCUUCAGUCUGAUCAGGUUAUUGAUCAGGGAGAAAUGUUUCAAAUGUCCGGUUGUGCCGUUAACCGGCGGUGGGGGUUGGGGGUAGGGGGGGUGAAUCCGCUGUGAGCCGCUGAGACUGAGGAGGAAGAGGAGGAGGAAGACGCACAGGAGGAGGAGGAGCGGCUCCGUCAGUCCGUCGGUAAACAGCAUCGGUCGGUGACGGACUCAGACGGUCGGUGAGCCGAUGAAGAGGAGGCUUCUUCAUACCGGGGUCAUGUGACUUAUCAAGGAGGAUGGAGAUUCAGCAUUAAGCCAGCAUCCUGUGGGCAGGAGGUCUGAGGAGAGGCGAGGGAUCAUGGGCGAUGGAGGACCCCUGCAGACUGAGGGGAAUGCCCUCCUCAAAGCUGUCUUCCAGGGGAAGUUGAGGCUGACCCGCCUGCUGCUGGAGGGUGGCGCCUACAUCAAUGAGGGCAAUGAGCGUGGGGAGACGCCCAUCUCCGCUGCCUGCUUAGCAAGCUACGAUGACCCACAGACCCGGCAGAGGAUGGUGAGGUAUCUGCUGGAGAAAGGAGCUGACCCCAACAUCCCUGACAAGAGUGGCCGGACAGCGCUGAUGCAUGCCUGUGCAGAGCAGGCAGGAAAGGAGGUGGUCUCACUGCUGCUGGAGAAUGGAGCCGAUCCCAGCCUCAAAGACUACUCUGGUUCCUCUGCUCUUGUCCACGCCAUCAACAAAGGGGACCGUGACACCCUGCAGGUUCUGCUGGACUCCUGCAAGGCCAAGGGCAAGGAGGUGAUCAUCAUCACCACCGACACAUCUCCAUCAGGCACCAAGAAGACCAAACAGUACCUCAACUCCCCACCAUCCCCAGGCAUUGUAGACAAACUGUCUCCUGCCUGUAUGUCACCCUCUGAGGUGGAGAUUGGCACCUCCUCCCCUGCAGGAGACAAAGAUGAGGAAGGAAUCUUCAGCUUCAAACUCACCUCAGCAUUACCUUUACCUUCAGCUCGACCUCCAGGUGAGAAGAGGCCACCGCCCCGUAAACUGCUUAAGCGUCUGAACUCAGAACCGUGGGGCCUGGUGGCACCUUCGGUUCUCAGUGGGGUUCCCCAGGACCGGGUGGAUGGAGGUCUGGAGGAGGAGGAGGGCAACAGCAACCUGAACAAGACGAUCACAGAGAUGAACGGACUGACUGUCACAGAGCCGGUGAGGCCACUAUUGUCACGGCGUCACAGCAUUGAGACGCACGACCCCACGUCCCCUAAACUCAUUGACCGAUCCUGCUCUGAGGACUGCGCAGGGCUUUCUGGUCCAUCGUGGGCUGAUAAAGUCCAGCAGCACCAGAUCCUCUACCGCAGGAACACAGCUCCAGAAUCCCAGGAGAAUGCUGCUGGACCUGGGACAGUUGUGGCCCGAGCCCUAGCUCACCCCAAGCUCACACGGAUGGAGCACUACGAGUCAGAUACCCACCUUUGUCCAGAGUCAAUUCCUGGAUCACCGGACUCUGGGAGGGUUUCGGUAGAGCGGAGGAGGUACAACGCUUCCCCCUUGUCCCUGGUCACAAGUUCUUCCAGGGAGUCUCUGGAAAACAUCCCCAACUCAGUUUCCCCCAUCACUAUGCGACGGCGUGGCCCAGGGCUCCUGGAGCGCCGGGGCUCUGGGACCCUGCUGCUGGACCACAUCUCCCACACCAGGCCCGGCUUCCUGCCUCCGCUUAACAUCAACCCGCAGAGACCCAUCCCUGACAUCCGGGCCAAUGGGAAACCCACCUCCCCCAUCAACUCUGGACACAAGAUCCUGGUCCCAGUAGCCCCAGCCUCACCCAAACGGGGCCCAGACUUCAAGAUGAAGAAGAAGCUGAUGAGGAGACACUCGAUGCAGACAGAGCAGAUGAAGCAGCUUUCAACCUUCCAGGAGAUUCUGGCGGAGAAAGUCCUUGAGUCCAACGGGGAUUGAUGAAUGAGGACAAGGGAGCAAAGCAAAAGGUAGCUGCAGAGACUCAUCAGGGGUUGAUUUACUGUGAAGCAUCUCCAUUAGAUCAUCACAGAUGAACUCAAAUUAAUACCAUGGUGUGGUCUUUAAGGAGAGCUGCACCAACAAGGACUCAAUUCACCUGAGAAGAGUUUAGGUUUAAUACAGGUUUAGUCUAUUCCUGGUGUGAAACUGUGAGGUCAGUAUGAGUUUAAUCCAACCAACAUUAAAGAUCAUUGCAACAUGCACUUAGAUUCCAAAGAGAGCCAUGAAGUCUGACUGAAAGCUACAUAAAUGUAGAUGUUACAAAGCAGUCUUAUGCAUCUAUCACCUUACCCUUCAGAUUACCUUUCAUACAUAAUAUAUCUUCAGGAAUCAGAUUAUUCUGAGAAUAUGAGAAUAUGCCAUGUGCAUGUCUGUGCAGGUUCUCGAUCAUACAGGUGAUAGCAGUAUUAAGUUGACUAGACUUCUUUUUUAGGUUAUUGAAAAAGCGUUUCUGAUGAGACUCAAGUCAAGCUUCAGCUCAAGCUGAAAUUAUACAGAAUUCAUAGACGUGUACGUCCACACGCAGAGACGUGCUCAUAGACAUGUACGUCCACACGCAGAUGCUGCCAUCUUGCUCAGGGACUCUGACUUUGGGCUCUGAAAAUAACAAGAAGAAAAUAUCAAAUUGUACUGCUUUCAAAAUUCGAAUAAAAUAAAUAUUAAAUCCAAGAAACUAAAUAACGUUCAACAUGCAAGACCUUAUUUUCUUACGAAGGUGUUUACAAACCUGUAUUAAAUUAAAUAAUGGUGCUUUAUGUGGCUGUUCAGUGACAUUGCGUGAUGCUUGUCAGCAGUGUCUUCACAGGUAAUCCUAAUUUGUUUUAACAUAUUAGUACGAAAGCUGCAUUUUAAAUCGAACUACGUAUUCUUGAUCACAAAUACUGUUCUGGCAUCUUUAAGAAACUAAAGUGCUUGAAAAUCAGUUUAAAUUCAGUGAGUUAUGAUGAUAUACUUGCCUCGUUCGUGCAGAGGCCUGGCUCCCCCUGAUCUGCAUGGCCACUGUGCUGACAUACAAGGGGCAGUUCUUAAAACUUCUGAAAUUUAAAUUUAAAUUUAACUCAGAAGGAAGAUCAUUUACACCAUCUGCAUGCCUUCAGUUCCUAAUAAACCAUAUGACAUAUGUACCUGACACAGCGAUCACCUGCUUUUCAUACGGUGCAUGUGCAUUACAACUUGUAGGUUACACUGGGUCCUCAAAAGCAUAAAAUGUUAAUGUUGAGUAUUUUUGAACUAGAAAACGCUGAUAUGUAUUCUUUAUGAGUCAAACAUCAUGCAGAAGUACGGUGGGUUGGUUCUGGCCUAGUGGGCUAUAAUUUGAUAUACAGUGUUUAAUGUCUUCCAGUGACAGUCACGGUUACUUCUUUCUAGUGUGGCAAACUGAAGAACAGCUUCCUGUUGCAUCGUUUCACCACAGACAAACUGCAGUACCUCUGCAUGACCAGGAGGAGACCCACCAUCCUGGUGUAAAAUUUUCACAUCAAAGGAAAGCUCGAUGAAGAACUCCAACCCAAGAUCAGUUUAAUGAAUAAAAUAAAGGAUAACUGAAAUAACCCACUACUAGAGCUCUUUAACAUAUUUCCUCAUACACGGUGGUAAUUCGUUUCACCGUUGUGGCUCCCUGAGAGAUUUUCAGCAGGUUGAAGUUGAAACUUGUGGGUGAAGCUCUCCUCACCUUCAUUUAAUUGUCUAAAUGUUUAGCCACAGAAAGUUCUUCAGAUUCUUCCGAAUUCCUCGUCCUCUCCUCCAUUCAGACCUGAACUGACCUAAAGAGAAAUAAUCAGACUCCUUUGAUGUUUACAGAUGCACAAUUUGCACUGAGGUCAUUUCCAUUUUCCUCCUCCUACCAGAUGAAGACAAACAUCCUGCUGCAAACUAACUUGUUUUCAUUCAUAAAGCUGACAUAUUUAUUUAUACACUCCUGUUUGAUUGAUAACGUGUAAAACUACCUACUGCGCUGUAUGUACUGUAAUGAUCUAUAGUCAAUAUAAUAGUUGGUAUAUCCGUGGAAACUCAUCUUUAUUUUACCCGUUUCCUGUGUCUGUACUUUCAGAGAUGAUAUUUUGAUUGAACUUGUGUUGAGAAACAUUGGUUUAUUGUUUAUGAUACUCCAAAGAAACCAGUUCACACUGUAAGUACUGAAAAACAAAUCUGUACUGUUAUACACUACACCUGUUUCAGCACAAGGGGGCACUGUUAAAGGAGCAGCUUGGGCAGAAAAAGUCAGUUCACUCAUUUUAUUCUGAGAUGUUGUAGGUUUUAAAUCAGAAGCACCUUUAUUAAUAAACAGGUGGAAAAAUCGUUGGA